AUGAAUAUGGAGGAUAGAAAAGCUGAGUACUUAUUACAAUUAGUUUAUGACGUUCUUCUGAAAAAACCUACUGGCCCGUAUUUAUACGAAGCCAGUUUAACACGAUUAGCGACAAAAACAAAUAAAUCGGUGGACUAUAUUAGAAAUUGGUUUGAAGCAAGACGCGAGUCUGAUCCAAGGAAACAUGAAGUUCGUCCGAUAGAAUACUCAGAUAAAUUAAGCACAAUAGUAACGAGACACAUCCAAUUUGUUAUCGAAACGUUUGAAAAGAAAGUUUUAAAAUACAAAAAAUCGAGAACAAUCCCCAAAUGCCCAAAACAAACCAACAUCCAAGUGGCAUCGGAAGAAGGACCUUUUGAGCCAAAACAAAAAAGACCACGGCUUGAAAAACCGGAAAAAAUCAACUUAAACGCGGAGAAAACUCUGAAAUUCAUUUAUUAUAAUCUUCUGUGUUCGGAAAAUGGACCAUAUUUAUAUGAUGCUUGCUUAAAAAACUUGGCUAAGAAAAUUGGACUCACUGAGGAAGAGAUCAAAAACUGGUUCACUGAGAAACGAUAUGCACAGAAAUACGCCCACAUAGAAAUUCCCGAAGCGAUUGAUGGAGUAUCAAAAGAUGAAUUCCUGGAACAAAUUAUCAAUGAAGCAAUUUUGGACGAAGAAUUGAUUGAAAAUCCAAAACCCUUUCAACUGCCAAACAUACACAGCAGUGAUGUACAGGUGGAAGGGAUGUUUAAAAUAGCUCGUUUACUAUAUAGAAGAGAUAAAGAGGACACCAGAAAUGUGAAGAUUCUCAAUCAUAUACACACCACAUUGCCUAAUCUAUCAAAAUGUACCCCCUUAAGUUUGACCGAUAUCCGUUUUCUAUCAGAGAAAAUGGAAGUGUCGGCGCCUUCGUUAAUGGAAUGGUUUGAAGCAAAUCAAAAAAGGAUCACCACGGAAAUACCAGUAGAAAAUAUCAGGAUGUCGGAAGCUAUCUUCAAACAAAUGCGCUCUGCUGAAGCGACGCCGUCAGGAUCUUCAACUGGAGCAGCUUCUUCUUCUUUUGCUGGGAGUUCCAAUGGUGGAGUGAUCUCAACUAGUUCAACUAGAAGACCAAUAUCAACUACUGCCGCUUCUGAGAAGAACUAUGAAAUGAUAGCAGCUCCAGAACUUGUUCCGAAUCCCGAUGGAAGAAUGGCUGUCCUUGAUCGCGAGACCAUUCCAACGAGAAGAACCAAAAUUUCCGAGCCGGAACCAAAAAGACCACGGCUUGAAAAACCAGAAAAAAUCCACUUAAACGCGGAGAAAACUCUGAAAUUCAUUUAUUAUAAUCUUCUGUGUUCGGAAAAUGGUCCAUAUUUAUAUGAUGCUUGCUUAAAAAACUUGGCUAAGAAAAUUGGACUCACUGAGGAAGAGAUCAAAAAAUGGUUCAUGGAAAAACGAGAUUCACAGAAAUGCUCCCUCCUGGAAAUUCCCGAACCGAUUGAUGGAGUAACAAAAGAUGAAUUGCUGGAACAAAUUAUCGCGGAAGCAAUUUUGGACGAAGAAUCGAUAGAACAUCCGAAACCCUUUCAACUGCCAAAAACCUCCAGCAGUACUUUUCAUUUUGAAGUGAUGUUCGAAUCCGCUUGUUUAAUAUAUGGAAGUGAGAAUUAUAACACCAGAAGAGUGUAUAUUCUCGAUUAUAUACACACCAAAUUACCUGAGCUGUUCAAAGGUACCCGUAUAAGUUUGGGGGCCAUACGUUUUCUAUCAGAGAAAAUGGAAGUGUCGGCGCCUUCGAUAAUGGAAUGGUUUGAAGCAAAUCAAAAAAGGAUCACCUCGGAAAUACCAGUCGAAAAUAUCAGAAUGUCGGAAGCUAUCUUCAAACAAAUGCGCUCUGUUGAAGCAGCUUCUUCUUCUUUCGCGGGGAGUUCCAAUGGUGGAGUGAUCUCAACUAGUUCAAAUAAAAAACCAAUUUCAACUACUGCCGCUGCUGUAAUGAAGAUGUAUAAAUUGAUCGCAGGUUCAGAACUUGUUCCAAAUGACGAUGGAAGAGUGGCUGCUUUUGAUCACGAGACCAUUCCAACAACAGGAGUUCACCACUUCGAGAAUAGCACGAUGGCUAGAGUAGCGUCUUCAGAAAGCGACAAGCAUAGAACAACUAUGGAAGAAGAAGGGCCAUCUGAUAACGAUACACCUCCGAAAUCACCAGCUAAUGAAUCUGAUCCUCGUGAGCGAAUCUCUGCCAACGAGAGAUCUUCACAAUUACAAUUUCCGGAUGUUGAGUCUCCAGUUGAAGACGAGGCAGCUCUCGAGUCUUCAGAAACAUCCCUAUCCAUGUCUGGAUUCACAGCUCCUAUCCAGAAGGAUUCAGAAUCCCCUUUUGAAGACGAGGAAGAUGUUGUUGAUUUUGUGGAAACUUCAAAGUCGUUUUCCACUCAUGACACUGGUAAUCGAACACCGUCUCGUAUUUUUUUCUGCAAUGAGAAAUAUUGGAAUUCCGACGGAGUAGACAAUGGAGCUUCAGUUGAGGACGAGGAGGAGUCUGAUGACGAAGAAUCGAGGAAUGACGUCGAGGGUGAAGGACCUGGAAUUAAUGAGCUCAUAUCAGAUACAGACGAAGAGGACAACCAGGAAUCAGUUCGUAAUGGGAAGGAACUGCUUUGUCUAGAUAAUUGUACUUCUGGUUCAGAUUCUUUGGUCAGCAUCGAUCCGAGAGCUCCAGAAUCAUGUUCUGCGCCUCCGACGUCAUCCUCUUCUGGUUCUCCACAAUCAAUUUCUGAACCAGCAUCGUCAGCCCACGAUGCGUUCGAUGACGAUGAAGACGUUGAAUCUAAAGAGCCACCAGCAAACAAUAGUCCACUUCCAGCAACAGGAUCAGUUUCUGAAAAUGGAAAGGAAGAUGACCACUUUGUUGAAGAACCCGAGCCUACUGACUACGUCAGAAAUUGGGGACUAGACGACAAUGUGGAUUAUUCCACCUCCCCAGCACCUCUCGUCCCUCUGGAAGACAGUCCAGUUUGCAAGGUCACAAAGCAAGUCGUCACGAUAACCAGAUCCCCGCCAUGCUUCUUCACAGACACAGAAGAGUGGUGUCAACACUGCGCCAGGAUAUACGAGGAGCGCCAGAAACGCCAUGAAGAACUGUAUCAGAUUAUUUCAAAGUUCAAGUUCUAG